AUGUCUCAAGCUCAUCAUCAUGAUCAAUCCACACAAGGAAGAGGUCGACAAAGAAUUAGCAAAAAGAACUUAUUCAUCAAAGAUUUACCUAGUAUGAUGUUCGGAUUUGGUGACCCUGAUCCUCAACGCGAGGUAAUAGCAUUAAUGGAAGAGAUGGUCAUUGAUCAUAUCUCGGAUGUUCUUAUCUCAGCUCACAAAGUUUCAACCAAUCGAGGAAAACUAAAAGUAGAUGAUAUUAAAUUCGCUUUACAAUCAUCAUCAACUCGAGUUCAUAAUCCUACUACUGGCCCUUCCAAUCAUCCUGAGAUUAUCUAUGCUUCAUAUCCUUUGGCACGACGUAAGGCAACCUUGGAAGAGAAACAAUUGAGUAGAAUCGAAGAACUUUUGUUUAUGCAAGAAGAUUUGGCAAGAGCAAGAGGAAGGGCAGAUGAUUUGAAAGCUUAUGGUGAAGAUGAACCCAACGAUCCGGGAGGACCUGAGCCGAUCGAGCCAGAUUCGAAUUAUUCGACUGACAAAGGCAAACAGCGAGACUAUCGUAUCUGA